GAGCGCAGAGCGACUCCAGGAUCAGUGAGGAGGAGAUCGAGGAGGAGGUAGAGGAGGUGAUAGAGGAGGCGUCAUACUCAGGGUCUGUUUCACCCAACAGACUCCAUAGACAGAGUCCCUCACCACGUAUUCAGUACUCUCACUGCUGGACCGAUCACCGCUCUUAGCGAGCACCUAUUAUUACACUCACCCACACACUCUCUCUUUAAAACACUCCCCACACUCACUCAGACUCACUCGCCCACACUUCCACACUCACUCUCACCCACCCGCCCACUCCACCCACCAUGCACGUGUUACUGGACCUCGUGUUGACCGUGGGCCGCGUGCUGCGCGCCCUCCUGGCCGCGGGCUCGCGUUGGGUCGUGCGCCCUCGUCCCAAGAGCGUGGCGCAGGACCUCUGCGUUAUCACGGGCGCCGCGGGGGGCCUGGGACGCCUCUUCGCGCGCGAGCUCGCCUCGCGGGGGGCCUGCGUGGCCCUCUGGGACCUCGACGGCGCCGCGGUUGAGGCGACGGCGCGCGAGCUUCGCGAGUCGCUGGGCGCCCGCGCCGUGGCGUUCACGUGCGACGUGAGCCGCAGUGCCGAGGUGUACCGCGUGGCCGAGAGCGUGCGGCGCGAGAUGGGCCGACACCCGACAAUGCUCAUCAACAACGCCGGGGUGGUGUCGGGGAGACCGCUCCUCGACUGCCCCGACCGCCUCAUCGAGAGGACUCUGUCCGUGAACUGCACCGCGCACUUCUGGACGGUCAAGGCCUUCCUGCCGGACAUGGUGGAGAAGAACCAUGGACACAUCGUGACCAUCGCCAGCGCCCUGGGCCUCUUCAGCACCGCGGGGGUGGAGGACUACUGCGCCAGUAAGUUCGGGGCAGUCGGCUUCCACGAGUCUCUGGCGCACGAGAUCAAGGCGAUGGGCAAGGGCGGCGUGAAGACCACGCUGGUGUGCCCAUACCUGGUGGACACGGGCAUGUUCAGGGGCUGUCACAUCCGCCGUGAGAUCGAGUCUCUGCUGCUGCCGCCGCUGCGGCCGGAGCGCUGCGUGAGCGAGGCGGUGCGCGCCAUCCUCACGGACCAGCCCCUCGUGUGUAUCCCUCGUCUCAUGUACCUCGUGGUGUUCCUCAAGAGCUUCCUGCCCUCGGAAGCCCUCUCGUCGCUCUACCACUUCCUGGGCGCCGACCGCUGCAUGUACCCCUUCCUCGAGGCGCAGAAACAGCUGCAGAGCAGCCAGAGAAGCGAUAACGACAGCGCCGGUGGUGGCGGAGCAAAUCUCGCGCCAGCGAGCGAGCAGAAGUGACCCCCCCCCACCGCGUCUGUGAAGAGAUCGUGCGCGCUGUACAACGCCGUCGCCGUUAGAGAGUGACGGCGAAUCGGAGAGCGAGGACAGCUCUAGCUCCAACACUAACACACCUGCCAGGCUGGGCCAGACCCUCCUGCCUCCCUCCCCAGUGCCAGGUUCAGUCGCUGCGUCUUACUGACGCCAAGCGAGCUCCAGCGCGUCGCGCCAAUGACGCCGCACGUGUGUGUGUCUGUGCGUCUGUGUGCGUGUCUGUGUGUCCGUGUGUCUGUGUGUGUGUCUGUGUGUAUGUCUGUGUGUCCGUGUGUCUGUGUGUGUCU